AUGACGGGGAAGAUAGCGAGAGAGAUGAUGAUUCCCCUCACAGUCAUGAUCAUUGAAGUUAUGCUGUCACUAGGCAAAAUCAGUCACACCAAAGUGGACAAGUUGAAAGCAAUCUACAGGCGACUCAGUGAUGAAGUGAAACGUGCCCAGAAUUCAGAGGCCCUUCUUUUCGAAAAAGCGAAGAGACUCCGUGCCGAUCUAAGAAAGCUGCAAUCAGAAUUGGAGAAAAAAGAAGAUCGGAGCUGCUCCGAGGAGCCCACGAGCGAGUCGGGCAAGCUGAGGCAGCAACUCCUGCAGGCGUUCGACCAACUGAGAGCAGCCGAGGACAGAGACUACAUGACACAGCACCAGCUCAAAUGGCUCAGGGAAGAGAAGCGGUAUCUAUUGACAGAGAACAACAUUCCGCAGGAACUUGAUGAAGUGGAGAACGGCACAAUCACCCUGCAGGAUAAAUAUGAGAAAUUGAAAAAAGAAGUGGUCCACAGGCAAAUGGAAAUCAGAUGUCUGAAGGAUGACAUGGAAUCAUAUCAAAUACAGACACGAAUAGAAGAGAAAGAGCAGGAAGAAGCAAUGAAAAUCAUGCAACUCAAAGAGGCGGAGAAAGCUGAGCUCUUCGCCGCACCUGAACAGAUUUUAAAAGAGAUUGGAGAGAAACGCUCUGAGAGGGAAGCUGCAGUAAAGACAUUGGCAGCGAUGGACGCCCAGUGUUCAGACGUGAAGCAGCAAACAAAGGAGGUGGAGGAGCAUAAUGACCUUCUCAGGGUGCAAAAGGAGGAGUUGGCCAAGGAGCUGGAGGGUCUCCAGGCCCAAGUGGAGGCCAGCCAGAGUAAGUGCAGUGAGCUGCAGAAAGAGAUCGAGGUCAUCAGGGAAGAAGAAGCAGAACUCAUAGGGCAGAGAGGGAUUCUAGAAAUGAAGAUGCAGGGUAUCAUGUCCGAGCAAAAGCUACUACGUGAGAAUUAUGCUGUGCAGCUAAAAGAGAAAAAAAGGCAGAUGCAGGCCUUCAAGAGGAUGGAGCGUGCACUAGCCAUGGCCACGGAGCAGCUCCAACACACGCAAUCAACCUGCGCAGACUUGCAAGCACAUUUGGACGCUCUUCCGAAAAGAGAGCCUGCUCAAGCGCAGAGGAUGGCGCUUCAGAAGGAAGUGGAUGCUCUCAAAGCGAGCGUUGAAAAACAGUUAUCGAAAAUCCCAAAGGUGAGCCAAAUUCAGCAGCAGUCUGGGAUUAUUCAGGAGCUGUUGAGGGAAUCUGAUACCCUGAGAGAAGAACUACAUCACCUUCAAUGUCUGACAUACAUCAAAGCAGAAGAAAGAGGCCAGAAGCACCGUGAGAUGCUACGAGCCGAGCAAAUGAAGCGGCACGUCGAACAGGAGCUGCGAGAGAAGAAGCUCAUCACGAUGCACCACAGCAAGCUGAGUGCCAUGCUGCAGCGCAGAGUGCUACAGUAUGGCCAGCUUUGCGAGGGGAUCACAGAAGAGAAAAAUAAGUAUAUCAAGCUGAAACAGAGCGCAUCGCAGACCAUCACAGAGUUGAUGGAGCAUGUGAAGGUUCUUCAAAACCAGCUGGAGAUUCAAAAGAGUAUUGUCAUCAAGAAGGACAAAUUGCUAAACAAAGCUCAGAAGAAGGUCUCUAAUAGUAACAAAGUCAGAGAAAAACUUCGCGACACUAUCAACAAGGUUGCUCGGCAAAUCCGUCAAGCCAUUCAGGAGCGAGAAGACAACGAAGUGGAGUUAAAGAGGCUCAGGCAAACCAUCAGUUUCCAGGAGCAAACGCUCAUUGACGUGAGCAAGAACCAGGAAGUAGCGGUUCAGCGGCGCAAUUUUCUCGGCAUUCAGCUGCUAGAGCGCGAGGAGGUGUUGUUCGACUACCAGGAGAAGGUCAACUCGCAGGAGGCGGCCAUCACCCAGAGGGAUGCAGAGAUGCAGGGCAUGGGGAAAGAAAUGAGAGACCUGAAGGUGCUCAUAAGUGAGGAGAAGAGGCGGAUCGGUUUCAAGAAAAAGGAAGUGAUGGUUCAGAAGAAAUUGGAAGAGGAACUCAUCAUGCUGCAAUUGGAGAUGUUGGAGGCCAGAGAUCAAACGCUGGAUAAUUUGACAAAAAACACAAAUUACAAAGAGCUCAAAGGCUGCGAUCUAUCGUCCCCUGAACUGGUCAAAAAGAUCGAAAAGCUGGAGGCAGACUUUGCCGAGAGGGAGAGGCAGGUUUUGGAGAAACGACUCCUUGUGGACCAGGUGACGCGUCUCUCAAAGAAUCUACAAGAACAGAACGAAAUCUGCAAACAAGACAAACUGUCGCUGGCCAAGAAGCUGAAUGAGCUGCGGACCCAGAUAAUCGACACCAGUCGCCGCUUGAUGGCUACGUCGGCAGAACUGUCAAUGAAGCAAGCGGCCGUUUUGUGUCUACAGCAGGAAGUCAAAGAGAGAGAGCUUCAGAUGGACAGGUGCCAGAGGCGUUUGGAGCAAGGCCUGCCUCCCUGCCCCGAGAUGGAGGAAGAAUGGAGGCGGAUGCUCCGGGACAAGAAGAGGAGACAGCGAGACAAAGAGGAGCGAGAGCGGCUGGCAGACAACGACGAGUGGAAGCUACUGCCGAACGGACAGUACACCACGGCGGAGAGUCGACCCGAUGCCUACAUCCCCCACGAGGACGCUCUGCCUCUGCCUAAACCUUACGGAGCGCAGGCCCCCUUUAAGCCCACCCAACCAGGUGCCAACAUGAGACACAUACGCAAACCAACUCACCUCAAGCCACUCGAACUGUAG